AUGGUGCACAUGAAUGUCCUGGCAGAUGCUCUCAACAGCAUCAACAAUGCUGAGAAGAGAGGCAAAUGCCAGGUCCUCAUCAGGCUGUGUUCCAAAGUCAUUGUUUGGUUCCUAACUGUGAUGAUGAAGCAUGGUUAUAUUGGUGGUGAAUUUGAGAUCAUUGAUGAUCACAGAGCUGGGAAGAUGGUUGUGGACCUCACAGGAAGGUUGAACAAGUGUGAAGUGAUCAGCCCUAGCUGUGAUGUGCAACUCAAAGACCUAGAAAAAUGGCAGAACAAUCUGCUCCCAUCACACCAGUUUGGUUUCACUGUACUGACAACCUUAGCUGGCAUCAUAGACCAUGAAGAAGCAAGACAAACACAUACAAGAGGGAAAAUCCUGGGAUUCUUUUUCUAGAGAUGUAAAGCAUAAAUAAAAACCCUCUGUGGACUGUGAGGAGAAAAAACA